AUACAUCACCCCUACUAUUGCAACUGUAAACCAAACCAAACUAACCUACAUUUUCUGUUGUUCUUUGUUGAUCCUACGAAAUAUUUUCGUAGUGAAGCGAUAAUUAUCACAAAAUGGGACGCAGAAAGUCAAAGAGAAAACCGCCAUCCAAGCGCAAAGCGAUUGAACCGCUAGAUCAACAGUUCAACUGCCCGUUUUGUAAUCACGAAAAGUCGUGUGACGUUAAAAUGGAUAAGGGUAAAAACACAGCUCGAAUAACGUGCCGGGUGUGUUUGGAAGACUUCCAGACGUCCAUCACAUUCCUCUCUGAACCAGUGGAUGUCUACAAUGAUUGGAUAGAUGCCUGCGAAUCUGCAAAUUAAACACAUCAUUUUGACUAAGUAAACUGACAAGUUUUCAUUUAAAUAUAGUAUUUAAGUUAAGAAACUUAUGUAAUCUGAUAAUUAUAUAAUUAGGACAUGUUUUAACAUGUAUGCAUUGGAGUAUUUGUGAUUUAUGAUAAAAUAUAAAAAUAAUACAAAUAA